AUGUCUGCCUCUGCCGGUACGGUCGCCUCUGUCCUUUGUUUCAUUGCAUCGGUUAUGACCCUACUCAUCGGGCUCAUCCAUUUUGUGCAGAAGGUGGAGGACCUGGACGUCAAAUUCUCGGAUUGCAGCUUCUUCCAGGAAGACUGCAACGGAGGUUGGCGUAACGUGUUUACCUUUAGGCCGAACGUGUUCUUCGACCUUUGGACGCCAAUGGUUUUCGGCUUGCUCGGAAUUGGUUUGCACUGCAGGUUUGUUUAUCACAAGAUCGUGCUGAACUACAUGACGUACGCAUUUUUCAUGAUCGUCACUGCUCUGUUUGCAAACGUGGGCUACGUUGGAUUGUGUGGAGUGUUCACGGCAGCAUUCUCUGUUGCAUGUGCUCUGGUGUGCGUCAUAGUGCGCUUGAUGGGUGAGAUGGGCAUCGUGCUCCUUGACCUCGGGAAGUAG